AUGGACCACGCAGGCAUGGACCACGGCGGCCACGGCGGCCACGACGACAUGUGCAGCAUGAACAUGCUCUUCACCUGGGACACCGCCAACCUCUGCAUCGUCUUCCGCCAGUGGCACAUCCGCUCCCCCGUCGGCCUCGUCUCGUCGCUCCUCGCCGUCGUCCUCCUCGCCAUGGGCUACGAGGCCCUGCGCGCCCUCUCGCGCCGGUACGAGGCCCGCCUCGACACCGCCAUCUCCGCCAUGCCCCAUCGUGACCGACUUGCUGAGACGGUGCCCUUGCUCGCGCCAGGGCAAACGCAGCACCAGGCCGGCCGGCGCGGACACCUCGUCAAGGCGUGCCUCUACGGCUUCCAGAACUUUUAUGCCUUUAUGCUCAUGCUCAUCUUUAUGACGUACAACGGAUGGGUCAUGGUGGCCGUCUCGCUGGGCGCGUUUCUUGGCUAUCUCGUCUUUGGGGAGACUACCUCUGCCACCAAGGAUAACGCGUGUCACUAG